GUAAUUUUCAGAAUUGCUCAGUCAAAUGAGGAAUUUUCAUACUCACCUAGCUUUUAAAGCUCAACUCCCUCAUAUUUCAAUCAUGGUGGUAUUGUGAAUGUACAUUUUGUGACAGUGGUAUGUAUGUAUUAUGAUGUGGUUCAUAUAAAAGAGAAGAGUGCAAAGAAGAAUUGAAAACAAAAAACCAAACUCCUUUGUCUACGUCACAGCUCUUCCAACAUGGGACAAGGCAGAAAGUGUUACAUGGCUACACUUGGAAAUAAUGGAUUUCUUCUCUGCUUCUCCUUGUUUUUGGCAGGUAUUUUCCAUAUCUUAUAUGAAGUAAUUAACAACAAUUUCAAUUCUCUAGGAUAUUUGGUUCAUGGUGCUACACCUUACGACUAUUCAGCAACAAUAGAGUGCCUCAACCAACCAUUGGGUCCUCAAUAUGAAGGUGGUUUAAUUGCAAAUCCUAGUUUUGACAAGGGCGUAGAAGCAUGGAAAGUAGAUGGUCAUGUAAAAAUUGAAGCAAGGGAAUCUGGUGGAAACAAAUUUAUUGUGGCUUAUAAUAGAACAACGCCCUUUAGUAUUUCACAAUCUUUUAACUUGAAGGAAGGGGUAUUUUACACGUUUUCAGCUUGGGUUCAAUUAAGUGAAGGAUCGGAUAUUGUGGUUGCCAUGAUUUACAACUCAGUCGAAAAUACUGUUCAUGUUGCUGGAUCAGUAAUAGCUAAAUCUGGAUGUUGGUCUAUGAUCAAAGGUGGUCUUACUGUUGAUCAAAAUGCACCUUCGGUACUCCAUUUUCAGUGCAACAACACCAAGUCCGAGUUAAGGGUUGACAGUGUUUCUCUGAAGGAAUUCAGCAAACAUGAGUGGCAGGAAAAUCGGUUGAACAACAUAGAGAAGGUUCGGAAAAGAACAUUGAGAGUAAAUGUAGCAAACAAGAAUGGCAAGAAGAUUCAAGGAGCAAAAAUCAAGAUUCAACAGAAAAAACUUCAAUUUGUUAUUGGCUGCGCAACACCAUCUUCCAUUUUAAUGUCCAAAUCCUAUCAAGAAUGGUUCGUGUCCAGGUUUACAACAACAGUUUUCGACAACGAGAUGAAAUGGUACUAUACCGAAAGGUUACAAGGCCAUGAAAAUUACACAACCCCAGAUGCAAUGCUCAAGUUCUUUAUUGAUCAUGGGAUUGAUGUAAGAGGACAUAACAUCCUAUGGGGAGCAGCUACCCAACGUUGGGUACGAGACUUACCACCAAGACAACUUUUAAGUGAAUCUGUACGACGAAUGGGUAGUGUUAUGUCAAGAUAUGCGGGUAAACUGGUUGCUUGGGAUGUUGUAAAUGAGAAUUUACACCACCCACUUUUUGAGGAAAAGCUUGGGAAAAAUGCUUCAGCCAUCUUUUACAAGAUUGCAAGCUCACUAGACACUAAAGCCACUAUGUUCUUGAAUGAGUUUAACACUUUAGAGCACCCUGCAGAUAUGGUCUCUAUUCCAUCCAAAUACGUUGAAAAGCUUCGGGAGAUUAAGGUAUUUCCAGGGAAUGAGGAGUUGGUUAUUGGAAUUGGACUUCAAGGACACUUUGAUCCUCAUCCUAAUAUACCAUAUAUUCGUGCAGUCUUUGAUGUUUUAGGAGAAACUAAAAUGCCCAUUUGGCUCACCGAGUUAAAUGUAGAGCCCUGUCCAAAACAGGCAUACUUUUUGGAAGAAAUAAUGAGGGAAGCAUUUGCACAUCCUGGUGUUAAAGGGAUGAUGAUAUGGAUAGGAUGGAGUCCAAAUGGAUGCCAUGAAAUGUGUCUAGUAGAUAGCAAACUCCAGAAUUCGCCAUCAGGGGAUGUGGUUGACAAGCUACUUGCUGAAUGGAAGACAACAAACUUAAACGGAGUUACAGACAAAGCAGGAGCUUUUGAGGUUAAGGUUUUUCAUGGAGAUUAUUAUGUCACAGUUUAUAAUCCUAAAACUGGUGCCAAUGUCACAAGGGAAGUGCAGGUCUAUGAUAAUAAGUCUGAAACAGUGGAUGUUUCGAUUACUUUAUGAAGUUCAUCUUCAAUAGCAAUCACAUGCCACUGAAUUGAAGUGUAUUGAGAAGAUGCACGAAUAUUAUACGUGCCUACAUUGAUAUUUUAUUACGUUAUCAUUUUCUGUAUCAGGUGUGAGUAUUGAGAAGAAAAUAUUAGUAUUCUGUGGUUGAAAUUCUAUGUCUAUAAGAUAUAGUAUAAUAUAUGAAUCCUUUCUAUAGCA